AGUGGCGCGCUCUGACACUCGGCAUUCCAGGGUUUGUGAGUGAGACAGUGAGACGUGUAGUGAAUGUGCUUCCUCUCCUUUGCCUCUUCUUCGCCGCUUUGUUGAGGACAUCGACACCAUGAAAGUCCAGAUAUUAAUAGUAGCUGUAGCUCUCGGCUUGUGUACCGGACUCUCUAUUCAACGCGAACAAAGAAAAUUUAUUUAUCAAGACGGACAUCCCUCUGUUCGACGCUAUCCCGUGUUCCCGGAUAGACACUCGAGUCUGGAGCAAACCCUGCCUUCGGCGCUAGACGACGAUAUUAGGAAUGAACUAGAAGAAGAGAGCGCCGUCUCACCAUCCACAGAUGAACCAUUAGUGCCAGAACUUGAAGGAGACGCACCCGAAGUCCCUGAAGACGAGGCGCCAUCGACAGACAUCUCGCCAGCCCUAGAAUCAGAGUCCACUUCGACAGCGCCAGUCACCACGCCAGAGACGCCCUUCUUCGACAGCACGGUUCCUUUGCAUCUGGAAGGAUUCUCAUUCACACCCAAGCCGUUCAGCGUCCUAGAAGAAUCCCCCAGUUUUUUGUUCUCCCCUGAAAACAUCCCAAGGGACAUUAUCCCAAGCAAUGAUCCUGCUGCAGAAGAUGGACCAUCCUUCGUCGGCAACGCACCCAUCGCCAACGAUGGGCCAGCCUUCUUCGGCAAUGCCCCUGUUACCAGCGAUGGACCAUCCUUCGUCGGCAACGCACCCAUCGCCAACGAUGGGCCAGCCUUCUUCGGCAGUGCUCCCGUAGCAAACGAUGGGUCAGCCUUCUUUGGCAAUGCCCCUGUUGCAAACGAUGAGUCAUUCCUCUUCGGCAACCCUCCCGUUUCAAACGAUGGGUCAUUCUUCAUCGGCAAUGCUCCCGUUGCAAACGAUGGUUCCUCCUUCGUCGGAGAUGCCCCUGUUGCAAAUGAAGAGUCCGCUUCCUUUGCCUUCGGAGGUCCUGACUCCGUCUUCGGACGCGACGACGCGGGACACCGGGAAGUGUUUACAGCCGAUGAUGCGAGACCAGUGGACCCUUCUUUGUUCCCCAGCAGCCCGGCCUUCGGGGUUCCCGCGCUCCCGCCUUCCUUCGGCGUAUUCACUGAGACAGCGGAAGAAUCGACUGACAUUCCGGUGACGACGGAUGUAGUCAACAACUUCCUGACCGGAGAAGAAGAGGUUGCAAACUCCACCAUAGCACCUUCAGAAGAAGGGUCGGAAAGAUUAUCAGAGAACGUUACUGAAGUCCCUGUUUUUGACCAGACGGUGACAGAAGCCGAGUGGGCCUCAGUGACGCAGGAUUUCGUCCCAACGGAGGAAACCGAAGCAUUUUAAAAGACGUCGGAGACGAUAACGGAAGAUGUCCUUUGGAUUGAGAAGCAACACUAACUUCGUCUAGUAUCACCGAGAGUGCAAAAUGAAUAGUCUUUUCAGAGGGUGAAAGUUGCCUUAGAGGGCAUUCGUGCUUGCGUGAAAUGUUCGCUCAAGUGGUUCGAUUUGACCUGUGAAAAUCAUUGAAUCUCAUGAUAGAUUUCUGACAUCUCAUACCAGGAAAAAUAUCUCUCCAAGGAAUAUCGAAUCCACGGUCAAAUUUCGUGGAUAUUCACCGAGCAUUUGUUUUCACACUCCGUGAAAUGACUAUUCGUUAAAGGAGCCUUUAGCCUCAGGCCUCGGAGGAAUUCUGGCGGUUCUUGACUUGGAAUCUCUUGCAUUCGACGAAAAGAGGCAUUAACUUUUCACUUUUCUCGUCCCCUGUAGUUGCUGAGUUUAGCCAUGAAUGACAAAGGGAAAACUGUAAACCCAACCUUUAUACCUUUCUUCCUUGCCUGUUCUUGGUAAGGAGUAAAGAACACCAUCCAUGGUGCAUUUGCUCAUCCUGUAGCGAAAGGAGUGUUGGAAUUUUGUAACAUGCACACUCACACACGUACAGAACCAUAUACAAUCGUGUAUAUAUACCAGUCAUAUGUUUUAGCUUGAUGCUACUUUUAAGCAAUAUGCUGUUUUUUCUGUUGUUAAUGAAUUAUUAACUCCGCAACUGGGGAAAGUUGUAAUCCUGUGUUGCAGUCAAAAUAACCACUACUUCCCUGUGAUGUGUAGUCAGAGAGAGAGAGAGAGAGAGAGAGAGAGAGAGAGAGAGAGAGAGAGAGAGAGAGAGAGAGAGAGGUGAGCUUCUAAUGAGGGAAAUGUGAUUAUCGGCUAAUAUUUAGUCUUGGAAAUUAGAUCAAAAUUUCAUUUGAUACGAUCGAAAGGCUCUGUAUUCGAUCAACAUUUUGUUCGAUAUAUUUCAAAGAUAAAUUUAUUCAAGUUUGUGAGAUUAUGAAAGAACUUGAUUAGUUCUAUUCAUAGAUUUCCUUUGUUAAGUUCAGCUGAACCGAUCAAUAAUUCUCCGGUAAAAUAUCAGAAAGGAUUAUUAUAACCAAUAUUCCUGUAGGUUCCAUUCAAACUGUAUCAUGAUUUUGAUGAUACAAACAGUUCAACGUUAAAAAAAUUGUUUUGGAAUUACAGGGACUGACUUCUGUUUUCAACGAUUUUGUUGGUUCACAUACCUUCACUUUCAUUAGAAUUUUUGUGUUGAAGCUCAUAAUCUUAGCUUCUUCUUCUUUUUUUUUUUUUGGUUGUGUCAAAAAUUCCACUGCUGAAUGAAACACUUUUUGAAAAGAUGAAUGAAUAAUGCGAAUGUUUAGUAUAGCUAAUGUGCUAAGGAGGUCUAACAGGGCUCUGCCACGACAGCCUUCCAGCAAGUAUUAAAUUAAUGAAGGGAAGAAGGAAACCUGGACGCCCUUCACGCGUGAAUCCGUGUAUAUAUGUAGGAAAUAGAUAAGUGUAUUUAUAAGAAAUGUUCAACAUUUGACUGUCUAUUUUGUAAUUUUGUUCAAUAAAAGUAAAGCGUAGAAG